AUGAAAAUGUUUAUGAAUAAUCAAUACCUUGAUACUACAAAUUCUCAAGAAGAAACCACUUAAAAUAGUUAUAAAUAAGUAGAAUAUUACUACAUCGAAAAGCAAUAAUAUAAAACAUAAGUUGUUUAGAGUGAAUUGUUAGAAAUUUUAGACAAUAAGCGAUUAGUACCAAUUGUUCGCCCAUUAAACUAAUUUUAUAAUGGAUACUUACUUGGAAAUGACCUUUAUAUUAAUUUAGAUUUGAUUCUUAACAAAGAAAGUUAUGAGCAGCAGCAUUAAAUUAUUAACUAAUUCAAGUAACUAAAAUAAAUAAAUUGGAAUUAAAAGCGAUCUUUUGUGUAGCUUCAUUUAGAAACAAAUUAAAAAUAUGUUUACGAUUAUUCCUUGAUGCUCUAUUAACUUUCAAGCCUUUAGAACAGUAGAUAUGCUUAAUGCAUUAUACCUCUAAAAUAAUAUGAGCAGUAUUGUAUUGGUUAAUAUAAAUUAAAGGAAAAUUUACAGCAAAAAGAUUAAAGUUAUGCGGAAAGAUUAACAUAAUAUUUUUAAGAAAAAAAUGAAAGCGUGAUAAAUUCUAUACAAUUUGAAAAUAAGUACAUUUUCAUUCUCUAAAGGGGAUUCGAUCAGCAUAAUAAUUAAGUUGCUUUAUAAUCAAUUUAUUAUUCAGAAAUUCUUUUGGAUUUAAUAGGAAUAUUUCAUGGACUAAAAAUGUUUGGUAUUGAAAGGACAGAAAUGACUAAUUUACUUAAUAGGCUAGGAGUUUACAGCAUAUUCAAUGAUAUUAAUUCUAUGGAAUAUAGUUUGGAUUUUUUUAUUAACUAAAAUGAAAGAAAAGAUGAAUAAAUUUAAAAUAAAAUUGUAAACUUCGAUUUUUAAACUCUUGAUAAUAUUCGUGUUUAAUGCUAAGGAAAAAGGAUAUAACAUAAUAUCAAUCUUGAUAUAGAUAGAAAUUUGGAUUCUAAUCAUAAUUAACUUCUUACAACAAAUUAAUAAAUUAUAUAUGAAUUAUUUAUUUCUAAAGAGUAGAUAAACAAAAUUAAUGCUUAAAGAAUUGAAUAACUUAGAUACUUUUCUAAACUUACUGACAAGUUAAAAAGAGAAGAAGCCAAAUAAUUUUGUAUGAAUGGAUAAUAUCCUGAAGAAUGCAAACAUUUUCUAACAAGAUAUUACAAAGAUAUAUUCAAUAAAGAAGUUAAAAAUAUAAAUUCUAAUUUCUAUGAUUUAUCAUGGCUCAACAAUCUAUGA